CACUCGAAGCGGAUUAAACAGCUGCUAACGUGUUGUUUUAUUUUCCCUCUGGAUGCUGAUCAGAGCUGAGAUCUGGAAAAUGAUUCUCAUGUCACAGAAGAUGCUGUGUGGAUGAUGGAAAGGCCGCCCUGUGAGCGCUUUGAGUAUCUUUAUCUACUGGAUGUCUAAGUUGAUCCCCGAUUGAUCAGAAAAGUGUUUAAAAUAUGCUGAAGGUGAAGUGAAUAAGAUGAAGAAAAGAAGGCAGAAGUGCAUCUUUGCGUCAACACCUGUCGUCUGAGCGCUGGAUAAACCGCUGGACAUGGAGCCGCUUUUCUUUUGCGCAAGACGAGAAGAAGCGGUGGAUGAAGGUGUGAGGGAUUUCAGGGUGGUCUCCAGGCUUUCCUUUGAGCUCAAUGACGGGGGGAUCUGACGGGGGAAGGUGGAGGGAUGGAGAAUGCCAGUCAGCUCAAACCAACGCCUGCCAUCUACGGAGAGCUGUUGAACAUCUCCACCAACGACACCCAUGUCAAUUUCACGUCGAAAGCGGAGGAGAAGGACGCUAACUUGGCUUUCCAGGCGGGUCUCGCCGUGACCUUAGCCCUCAUAACUUUAGCCACGACGCUCUCCAACGCGUUCGUCAUCGCCACCAUCUACCAGUCCCGCAAAUUACACACGCCGGCAAACUUUCUGAUCGCGUCCCUGGCGGUCACCGACCUGCUGGUGUCCAUCUUGGUGAUGCCCAUCAGCGCGCUGUACACGGUGAGCCAGACGUGGACUCUGGGGCAGGUGGUGUGCGACAUCUGGCUCUCCUCGGAUAUAACGUGUUGCACCGCGUCCAUCCUCCACCUGUGCGUAAUUGCGCUGGACCGCUACUGGGCCAUCACGGACGCGGUGGAGUACUCCAAAAAGCGCACGCCGGGGCGCGCAGCCGGGAUGAUCGCCAUCGCCUGGGUGAUCGCCAUCUCCAUCUCCCUGCCGCCGUUCUUCUGGCGCCAGGUGAAGGCGGAGGAGGUGACGAGCUGCAACGUGAACACCGACCACAUUUUCUACACCAUCUACUCCACCUUCGGCGCGUUCUACAUCCCCACGCUGCUGCUCAUCGCCCUGUACGGGAGGAUCUACGUGGAAGCCCGAAAGCGCAUCCUGAAGCAGUCGCACAACAAGCCGGGCAAGAGACUCACCUCGGCGCACCUGAUCACCAACUCCCCGGGCUCGGUGGCGUCCACCACCUCCCUGAACUACGGGACGAACGACACCUCCUCCUCCUGUGACACUACCUCGUCCGCGAACGUGAGCCAAGUAAAAGUCACUGUGUCCGACGCGCUGCUGGAGAAGAAGCGCAUCUCCGCCGCCAGGGAGAGGAAGGCGACCAAAACUUUGGGAAUAAUCCUGGGAGCCUACAUCAUAUGCUGGCUCCCGUUUUUCAUUUACACUCUUCUAGUGCCUGUCUGCGAGUCCUGCUUCCACCCGGAGUUAUUUGACAUUUUCACCUGGCUCGGUUACCUCAACUCCCUCAUCAACCCCAUCAUCUACACCAUGUCCAACGAGGACUUCAAGCAGGCUUUCCACAAACUAAUUCGGUUCAGAUGCUGCAGGGCAUGAACGAUGAUUACCAUCCAUAAUCCCCACCCCCACCCCACCCCCCACUCCCCACUCACCUCCAUCUCUAAUCAUGUGUAUAAUGCCAGAAUUGAAUCAAAACCCACCACAAAUAUCCCAUUCCCUGGGUUUGUUCCCUGAGGGCUCCAUCCCCAGCAUCCACAUUGCUUCUGAUAAUAUGGCUCCAGAAUGAGCUUUUACUUGAGAGAUGGUGCAGAGGACUCCUGCCACCCAGUCUGCAUCGUGUUAUCAGAUGGUGCUGCAAAAUGAAUGGCUCCCACUUCUCAACCAGUGGAUUUCUUUUCUUUAAAAAAAAAAGCUGGCUGAUGUUAGUAUGAAGGUGAAAGUGCUGUUGAGAGGUGGAAGCCCUGUGACUGAUUUGCAGCUGAUAGCGUUAUUAUACUGACUUGGAGAAAGCCCAUAGCCCCAGAUGCAGGGGCCCCGCCUGUACGUGCUGCACUGGACUGUAGCCUACAGACUCACUUUGCCAUAAGAGUUUGACAGUCAACCUCAGUUGGCUUGUAAGCACAAACAGCUUAGGCCUAAGCUACGUGAGCCCCAAGGGCAAAAAUAAGAUUUGUGUUUCAUUUUCCUGACUCAAUAAGGGGAAAAUACUGGUGCCUACAACAUGUUUAGUUUAGUUCCUCAGACGUGCCUGGCCCAGAUGGAGUAAAAACAUGAUUUUUAGUUUGGGGAAAAAGAUCCAAAUUUGGUUUGUUCUUGUGGCCAGUGUAUGUGUUUUCUUUUCCUUUCUUGCUGUGGCUGAUGUUCACUUUAAUCAAGACUCCCAAACUGAGUGUAAAUGUACGAAUCUGUAUGCAUCAGUGUGACUUUUACCUUAAUUUGUGGGAAAACUGUGGAUUUUGCUCAGUCCAAAGGGCAUCAUCCAGUAAAAUAAUGCUAAACGGUCAACUCUGACAGAAGAAAAUUGGAAUCUGUCUGCCAGGUCGAUUGUUGAAGAUGCAUUCUUAACUGUUAGUAUCAGCUUUGGUGUAUCAUUUCAUCACAGGCUAAAACAAUUCAGAUCUAAAUCCAAAGGCUGAUAUUGCAGGGUUCCUACAGUUAUCUCUUGGCAUUUGUGUCUCCCACACCUGAGAAAGUUGUGGAGGAGCGUAAAUAUUUUUUUUAAAAUGCUAGAAAAUGUCACGGUAUUCCGAUCAAAAUCAUUUUUUUCCUCCCAACAAGCCGUCACAUGUUAAAUGUCAAGCUGGAGCUGCUGCUGCUGAUCCCUUAAAAGAACUUUUCUAAGAAGGAAAAAAAAAAACACAGAAAAAGGCCUAAAUCGUGUUUGCUUGCAGCCAGAAAAAGAAGCAAAAUCUGUGCUAUUGAUGCUUGAAAAAAAAAUGCUACUCGUGUCUUUGUCUGCGACCACAUUUUGCAACACUGAGGUCAAAUUUUUGGCAUCUUUGCUGGUAAUUUGGGGAUUUUAGCAACUUGGAGAGGUGUUCAGGUUCAAGAAUUGCACCUAAAUUAUACAUGGUUAAGUUUUAAGGCCUGUUGGACUCUUUUUAGGGUCAAUAUUACACUAAAUUAAAGAUAUUUGCAGUAGUUUACUCUACUGGAGAUAAAAAUGUCAUUUCAAUGUUACAUAAACAUACUGUUUGUCAAGAGAAAAUAUUCAAAUAAUCAAAUGAUCAAUAAAAGAAAGUUUUUUUAAGGAGGAUGGGGUUGCGUUUACUGUUAAUUUGACCUCAGUAUUGGUAAAAUCUUGGCCACGGCCUUGUACAUGUCAUGCAUUAAUUUAGAAAUUCUCGAAAAUGUGUAGGAACCCUGUCUGGAUCAUUUAGAGGAACAUUUUGACAUUUGGAGGACUAUGUUUUCUGCCUGAAUACUUUUAGAAUGUUGAUGCCACUCUCAUGUCUGUGCGUUAAGCCACUGAUUUAUCAAAACGCUCCUAUAACCCUGCCAGACUCACAGUGGACCCUUUGGCAAAAUCUGGAGCCUACAUUACCCACAGUGCAGUCACUAUCACUGAUGGACCAAUCAGAGAGUGCGGUGUGUUAUGCUAGUAGUGGCUAAUGUAACAGAGAUGAGGAGCAGCUGCAGAGAUCUGGUAAGCUCAAUUUUACUUAUUUUAUCAGACUAGCGUAACUUCAUCUGGAGAAACGGAUGAUUGACACACUUUGAAUUCAGUAAAGUAUGAGGCUAGAGUCAGGAGGUGAUUAGCGUAGCUUAGCAUGAACACGGUAAGCAGGUGCAAACAGUUAGCCCAGCUGUUUAAAGUACACCCACUAACACCUCUAAGGCUCAUUUUCUCUGCAAUAUGAAGUCCUCCACCUCUAUGUUAAUGAUACAACCACAGUAAGAACUCACAAAUGUUAUCUAACAGUAUGACAAAGCUAUAAUACCAUACAUAAUCAAAAAGGAGAUAACUAAAGCUGAACUUCUUUGAGUAUUUAUUUUACAAAAAAUGUUUUUACUAGAGUUAACACUUGCCCACGGAUAUUACUAAUACAGGUAAGAAUGGUAAAAAAGGUAAAAAAAUAAAAUAAAAAAAAAGGGUUGACUCCACAUGGAUGGACAUGGAUAUUGUACUACUUAUAUUUUUUAAUGAGCUUCAUUCAUGUGACUGUUCAUCUCAGCUGAGUCAGUCAUUGUUUCGCAGUUGCGUAAAUCUUUUUUUUUUUUUUUUACAGGAUCUGGCUUGAGAAAAUGAUUUAUUUUUUACGUUGAAAAGCAAGCCAUGUAGAAUAAUAUGAUUGUGGUGGAAUUUCAUACUUUAAAGCCUAAACCUGAUUAUUUUUCACGACUGAACUCCACAUUGUAUAUAAUAAAUUCAAGGAUAUUCAGAAAGAAAAUUUGGCAAUUCUUUCUGUUUGUAUGAUUGCUGAGUGAUAAAUUGUAAUAUUUCAGCAGUUACUUUAAAUUGACAUGCCUUCCAAACGCAGUCAUUUGUCAAGAUGAAUCUGCAAAAGGCAGAAUUUUAAAGGAUCUGUGUACUGAUGAAACUAGAAGGGCAGUCAAAGAGCCAGCUCUUUCCAACAUAUUGUCUUAUAAUUUUCUUAAAAAGUAAUGACGUCAAAAUUUUAUAUGUUCUUCCUUAGGUCAUACUUCACCUUUCCAACAAGUUUGAUUAGAUUUGGCCCAGUAGUUUUUGGGUAAUCCUGGAGACAUACAGAGACAAACAAACACAAAGAAUGACAGAAAAUAUACUUCCGCUACCAGGAGGUAAGCUUUAGAGGUGUUGGUGUUCGCAGACUACAUGUUGGUCCUUGUUUUCUGGAUUUAUGGUUGUGAAUUCAUAGUAAACAUACAGAAAUGAGAGUGGCACCCAUCCGUUCAAUUAUUUCCAACUGGAAGGUUAGAAAGUUUAAUCACCAUAAUGUCAAAUUGCUCCUUGAACUCAAAAAAGCUGAAAUUUAAAGAGGAAAAACUGACUAAAUGUCCCUGAUGAAUGCAGCUAUCUGCCACAAAAUGGCUGCAGUGAGUUUGCCGGAGCACAAAGAGUGUCCAUAAAAAAGAAAAAAAUCCUGGUGUGUGAUUGUAAUUUCCCUCACUGCAUCAAAGAUGGCUGCCAGAGAUUCUGGCUGUGUCUGAAAUCGCAUACUAACGUACUACUCAUACUAAGUGUGACGUCAAAAUAAGUAUGGAGUGCGUUCACAUUAGAUAGUAUGAAAAGACUGAGUACGCGACAAAUACUAGGAUGUAUACUAUAUCCCGAAAUUUUUUAAGUAUGCGCGGUGACCACACUAGUCAUACUCAACCGCCCCAUAAUGCUUUGCGAGCUAUCCACCGAAAUGCAAGCCUCCACGGGAUCUGUGGCCAGACCGGGGCGAUUUUUAUUUUAUUUUAUGUGGUUAAGUAGUCAUCCUAAUCACCCCACAGAUUUGAGAAAUAGGCAUUUUCUGACCAACGUUUUAAAUUUGUCAGACGCCUCACAACGUGCUACUGAAUGCUAGCAGCUAGUUGCAGCAGCUCGCUUUGCAUACAGAACAAGUAGCAGCUACCUCGAGUAGCCUGCAGCUACAAUUGAAACGAUUCGCAUAAUCUGGCUAAUAACUGCAUGAGGAGUGCGACUGUUUGUUAGCGUAAAAUCAACCUGAAGCCGGCAUUCAGCCGAGAUAUUUGAUAGCCGUACUUCCGUUUUUUGUCGUCGGAGGUUUGAAAUGCAUUAUGGGAAAUGUAGUAGUAUACUACAGUGUGAACGGUUGGCAUUCUAAUCAUACUUAUAGUACGUAGUAUACAGUAUAUACUCAUUGAGUAUGUAGUACGUUGGUAUGCGAUUUCGGACACAGCCUCUGGCUCCCACCUUGUCCUGUAAAUGCCCGGCAGCCAUUUUGGGUGUUUGAGUCAAAUUGGACGUACUGUAGCCAUCCCGCUCACCUCCAGCUCUGUGAUGAAUAGCCUUUGUGUACAGUAUUGAUCAGCUCAGUGUGAACCUCAUCUGGUGGCUCUGUCAGUCCAAUGGAAGUUGCAUUUCAUCCGGGUUAGCUUCUCGCUGUACAACGCUUCUGCACACACCGGCAAUGCACUGUAACUGCUCUGCUCUGGAGGAUGAAAUCCAACCCCCUUGGAGCACAAAAAGCACUGCUGCUGUUGUGAAAAUAAAAAUAAAAACAAAUAAAUAAAAGGUCUAUGGCAUCAUGAGGUUA